AUGUCGAAAUCUCGUGUGUACGCUGAAGUGAAUGUGGUGCGCCCCAGGGAAUACUGGGAUUAUGAGAAUCUCACUGUCCAGUGGGGAGACCAGGAUGAUUAUGAGAUUGUUCGCAAAGUUGGAAGAGGGAAGUACAGUGAAGUUUUUGAAGGUAUCAAUGUCAACAACAACGAGCGGUGCAUAAUCAAGAUUCUGAAACCUGUUAAGAAGAAAAAGAUAAAGAGAGAGAUCAAAAUACUGCAGAAUCUACGUGGGGGAACAAAUAUUGUCAAACUCCUGGACAUUGUCAGAGACCAGCACUCGAAAACUCCUAGCUUGAUAUUUGAAUUCGUGAAUAGCACAGACUUUAAAGUUCUAUAUCCUACAUUGACGGAUUAUGACAUCCGUUACUAUAUCUAUGAGCUCCUCAAGGCACUUGAUUACUGUCACUCACAGGGAAUAAUGCACAGAGAUGUUAAGCCUCACAAUGUGAUGAUAGACCAUGAAUUGCGGAAGCUUCGGUUGAUUGAUUGGGGCCUUGCAGAGUUUUACCACCCUGGAAAAGAAUAUAAUGUCCGUGUUGCCUCAAGGUACUUCAAGGGUCCAGAACUUCUUGUUGACUUGCAAGACUAUGACUAUUCUUUGGACCUGUGGAGUCUUGGUUGCAUGUUUGCAGGCAUGAUUUUUCGCAAGGAACCAUUCUUUUAUGGACAUGAUAACCAAGAUCAACUAGUGAAAAUUGCCAAGGUACUUGGAACUGAUGAGUUGAAUGCAUAUUUACAUAAAUACAAUUUGGAACUUGACCCUAAGCUUGAAGCUCUUGUCGGGAGACACAGCAGGAAGCCAUGGUCAAAAUUUAUAAAUGCAGAUAAUCAGCAUCUCGUGUCACCAGAGGCCAUAGAUUUCCUUGACAAACUCUUGCGAUAUGAUCAUCAGGAUAGGCUCACGGCAAAAGAGGCCAUGGGCCACCCGUAUUUCUCCCAAGUACGAGCUGUGGAAAAUAGUCGGGCACGGACCCAAUAG